AAUUUGUUCAAGUUUCCUUUUCUGAAAACAAGCCAAACCUGCAGCUUGGAAUGUAUACUCAACUGUCUCCAUGGUACUGAUGUAAUACAACUGGUCUCAUAGACACUCCAGUCUGGGGAAAUGUAUGCCGUUUACGGCAUAUAUCAGAAAAUAAAAAGGCAGAAAGAACAUGACACAAAUUAAAUAAUAUCUGAAAGCCACAAUACAUUUGUAAUUUUGCGUCACUGGGAACACCAAAGGUAAAAUUUCACGUGGCUUACAUUUCAAUUUGACAAGAGGACAACUCUCAGACAAAAGAACCGCACUGAACUUCACAUAGAUUAUGUAGCCUACUCUUUCGACAGAGAAUACCUUUCCCCGUUUUUUGUAUUUUUAUUUCAACGUGCAUUAUUUUAUUUUUUUUUAAUGCCAGGCAGGUCAAUUGAACAACUCUAUCUUUAACAGUAAGCACUUUUACAUGGUGUGCAAAAUAAAUGUCGAUACAAUCAUUCAUCAUUCUUUAACACGUCGCAUUUGCUUAGUGCAUGCAUCAACUAAAGUAGAUAUUAAGGCGUUUUCCUGUCUCGCGCUUUCAUUUUCACCACAUCAUUUCAUUUACAACUGCUAUCUGUCUGGCUCAGGAAGUUUUGCACUUUCAAAGAUAUCAGAUUCACCACAACCCUCUUUCCGCAACACGUCUUCCUUGCCCUAAGAAGCAGUUUUUCUCGACCGGAGGAAUGUUUCGUUCGAUAUACUACGGAAAAAUCACCAAAGAGGACACUGAAAAUCUAUUGGCAAAGUAUGGAAUGGAAGGGAGCUUUCUAGCACGCGACAGCGAGAGCGUUCCUGGAGCUUACUGUCUCUGCGUACGGAGGGCUUCAUUCGUCCAUACUUACAGGAUUCAUAGGUCUCCUGAAGGCUGGACCAUUAAGACUUCCCCCCACGCGAAGGCGCAGAGCUUUGAGACGCUGGACAAGCUUAUAAAUUGCUGCAGAGGAGUCACCUCAGACAAAAUGGCUGCCCUGCUGCAUCCUCUGGAAAGGAAGGUGCUGGCACAGGAAAGUCCACAUAAAGAGUGGACGUACAUGGAGAUGUGACCGGGACCCCCCCCCCCCCCCAACAGACCACACCUUUUGACAGGCUCUCCUCUUCCUCUGGCCCUGCUACAUGGAGAUGGCAGGGACUGUGUGUGUGUGUUUGUGCCUGUGCGUCUGUGCAUGCAUGUGCAUGUGUGUGCAUCGUGUAGAAAAUGGAAUGCACUGAAAUGUGAUGUGUGAGUACAGCAUUCAUCCAUACUGUAUAAAUAUAUGGUACAGGCCAAAAGUAUUAGGCUACCUGUAGUUAAAAAAAUAAAAAUAAAAAUAAAAAACUUUAGGUAGAGAAGAAUUCAGUUCAUAUAUGCACAUUUAUUGAAUAAGAAACCAAAGUAUAAACAUCCCCCCCCCCCAAUUGCUACCUAAACUAACUAUUUUGAGGAAGAUUAUUUGAUAUAAGUUUAUUUAAGUAAAACGAAUCUUUUUGCGUUAUAUUGUAGGUGGAAAUUGAAGAAAAAAAUUAAUACUUAUAUUAACUGAAUUAGUCUCUAUCUAAGGUUUUAAGGUUUAAAAAAAAAAAAACAACAAAAAAACACAGGUGGCCUAAUACUUUUGGCCUAUACUGUAUAUAAAUGUACAUGUAUGUGUAUAUAUAUAUAUGUAUAUAUGCAAACUGGAAUUAUGUUAAAAAAAAAUUUUUUAAAAACCAGAAGGAGAACUAUCUCUCUAACAGGUUGGCCUUUGACUCUGAAUGUCUAAAACUGCAUGCAUUUGUCAUUUCAAUGAAUGCAAAGGUAUUCCACGCAUAUUGCCAUCUGCCAAUUAGUUAGAUUUGUAAAUGGCCCUGUUAUGUCAUGUUUACAUUGGCACAGAAUUAGCAUAAUCUUUUUAGAUAUUCUACCUUCUUCUGGCAGGCAAGUAUUAUUGGAGAUAAAAGUGGCUAAUAGCAUUUGUUGGCCAUUCUUUUUUGUUCAUUCUUGUACUCUGAUGUAAGCUAUUUGGCCUUAUCGAAUAAUUAUUGUCAUAUCUAGCAUUCCAUACCUACAAAAUGGAGGAAAAAGCUUAUUAGCCGCCAUUUAUACCAUAUUUGACAGUAUUAACUGUUUUUCUUUUGAGAUAAAGGGAGCCAUUAUGUCACAUUUUCUAAAUGACUUCAUGGAAUUAAACCAAUUGCUUUCAAGUACGUUCCCCAGAAAAUUCUGAUGAACAUGUCUGAUGUUUUUUAAAUGCUGUUUUAUCUUUUAAUUUGGAUCAAGACUAUAAUCACAUUUAAUGACUUAAAUGAGGGAACUAGAAGAUUGUGUUCCAUUUUCUUAAAACGUUGCAAAUAUUUGGCAAGACACACCAACUGAUUUCUUUUUGUUCCUUGUCACAUAUCAGCAGUGAGAGUAUGUAAAUAACCCCAAUUACUUCAGUAUGAUGAAGUCUGUGCAGUUUUUUCUUUUCUACUUAAAUAAAGGAGACCUAUUCUUUA